AUGUAUGGUGGGCGCAGCCUACGCAGUAGGGCAGGAUGUUUCUUCAGUCGAGGCGGAAAAUCCAGUAAUACUGGCACCAAACGUCCCUACUUGCAAAGCAGUCCCUUUGAGAACACUUCCGAGUCUGACCUACCAAGACGAAAGAUAUGGAGAUCGAACUUUACGGAUGUAAACAAAACUAAUCAUAUAAUAAUUCGUGGGUGUGCCAGCUUGGAGGGGAGUCUCUCUAAAUCAGCCGAAUUCGAACUUGAGCCAGGAGUGGAAUUCCCACUUUUUCCAACGUCUGAAGUACCUAUCCUUCAAGUAGAGGGAUCUAGCUUGAGAGGUGCAACUGGUCUUGUCUGCAAAGCGAAACUAAUGAACCCCGACAUUUCCCGUGGCACUGAAAGCAAAUAUUUCGCAGUCAAACUCGUCGAUUCCGCGUCGCGAUCAACAGUCGAGUACAGGAAUUUUGUCAUGGACGUGUAUAACGAAUAUGUGAAUUAUUGCAUCUUUGAGCUUGGCAAGCAGUUUCCAGCUGUACGAGGCGUUAUAGAGCGAUGCACUGCUACUUGCUUCGGACUAUAUAGGCUCGGGGAUUAUGGGCCAAAUUCACUACCGAAGUUUGCAUUGAUCACAGAGCAUGUGGGCGAAGAAAUUGAAGAAUCCUGGGAGGAGUUAGGGGAUUCUACUAAACGUGCAGUGCUGAAUAACCUCAUAUGCCUCCAUGCGUUGGGUUUUUGCCACAACGAUGCCGACGAGCGAAACGUUGUCUAUGAUAGCAGGUCGGACACAUAUAAGUUCAUUGACUUAUGUACAGGCGGAUGGCACGAGUUUCUAAGGUCUGGAGACGUAGAGAAUUGUCGUGGCAUACGAAAGUGCAGCGAGCUGAAGAUUAUGUGGCAUACAUUCAACCCUUCUGACAAGGAUGCUUCGCAAGACUUUGAAGAGGAGGUUCUAUGUGAGCACAACCUGCGGUUCCGCAAUCUUCGAAAGCGCCUGGAGAGAGAGGGCAUCCUAGACAUGCACAAGCUUGCACCGGAUGUGAAGAAACUGGCAGACAGAAUAGAGUCUGAUUGUUAG